AAACACAUAUAAAGGUUAGAAUUAUUGCAAAAUAAUAAAAAAUCGAAAUUAUUUAAACUAAAUUGUUGAAAUUAUUAAAGUGUUUUUUAUCAAAUAUAUACUCGUAUACUCCAAAGUUUGUAAAUGUGACGAAAAGGCUUAAUUAAAUAAAUCUCUAUUUUUAAAAAAAUAAAUAAAAAAAAUCAAACAAACAUAUGAAGAAUUUGAAACAACAAUUUGAAUUUAAAUCUCAUUACCUCCAUCCUCAUCCUCCUCAUGACCCCAUCUUAAACAAACCCAAAAUAAAACCAAAACAAAAUCAGAAACUUUCACUUUCACUUUCUCUCUCCUCCCUUACAAUUCAAAACCCCUUCUCUAAACCCCCGCUCUCUUUUCCCCCCUUCAUCGGAGAUCCCAAAUGACGGCGGUUGCGCCGCCAGUGCUCGGAAAAGAGCUCUCCAGUCCUCCUACUGACGGUAUCACAAACCUUCGAUUCUCUAAUCACAGUGAUCAUCUCCUCGUUUCUUCUUGGGACAAGACUGUUCGUUUGUAUCAUGCGAGUGCCAAUGUGCUUCGAGGAGAGUUCAAACAUGGCGGUCCUGUUCUAGAUUGCUGCUUUCAUGAUGAUACUUCUGGUUUCAGUGCCUGUGGUGAUUCCACUGUUCGGCGGCUUGUCUUCAACUAUGGAAAAGAAGAUGUGUUGGGAAAGCAUGAAGCACAUGUACGUUGUGUGGAGUACUCUUAUGCCACAGGGCAAUUGAUAUCAGGUAGCUGGGAUAAAACAAUAAAGUGUUGGGAUCCCAGAGGUGCAAGUGGGCAAGAGCGUACACUUGUUGGAACAUAUGCUCAACCAGAACGUGUUUAUUCUAUGUCUCUUGUUGGUCACAGAUUGGUAGUAGCAACUGCAGGCAGACAUGUGAAUGUCUAUGAUUUGCGAAAUAUGUCUCAGCCCGAACAACGCAGGGAGUCUUCAUUGAAAUAUCAGACUAGAUGUGUGCGUUGUUACCCCAAUGGAACAGGUUAUGCUCUGAGCUCAGUUGAAGGUCGUGUAGCAAUGGAAUUUUUUGAUCUUUCUGAUGCUGGUCAAUCAAAGAAAUAUGCUUUCAAAUGCCAUCGGAAGUCAGAGGCUGGAAGAGAUAUUGUUUACCCUGUAAAUGCCAUUGCCUUCCAUCCAAUCUAUGGAACAUUUGCAACUGGAGGUUGUGAUGGAAUUGUGAAUGUGUGGGAUGGAAACAACAAGAAGAGACUUUAUCAGUAUGUGAAGUAUCCUUCAAGCAUCUCUGCAUUAUCAUUUAGCAGAGACGGUCGUCUCCUAGCUGUUGCGUCUAGUUAUACCUACGAGGAAGGAGAGAAACCUCAUGAGCCUGAUUCAAUAUUCAUCCGAAGUGUGAAUGAAGUAGAAGUCAAACCAAAGCCUAAAGUAUAUGCUAACCCCCCUGCUUGAAUGAGUUGAGCAGCUUUGCUCGACCUCUUUUAGUGUUUCAAAUCAUCUAGGUAUAGCUUUACACUAUUUUGCUUCUUGGUACCCAAAGAAGCGUAUGUGAUCAAGAUGUAAAAGGGAUUGCAGAUAGUAGUUGCUUGAUUCCGAAUCCAGGGCUGUCUUGCAUGAUUUGAUUGUACAAUUGCAUCUCUUAUAUUUUCUGUUAACGCACAGCCUAUUUCCUUCAAAAAUUUGUUUGCGCUUGCAACAAAGUGAAGAACCUUA